CGCUGUGGUCCUUGCGCUCGAUUUGGGGGGGGGGAGUAGAAACCUCGGCGUGUGACUCACUCGACUCCGAGAAUAACUUCCGGAUGGAGAGACGCUCGCUUCCGGGUUAUGCACUUCCUGGGAGGAAGACCCUAUGUUUUUUUUUUCUUUGGGAUGAGUGGUUCCUAACUCGUGAUGCAUCCGAACUUGUCACCUCAUCUACAUACUGAAGAGUGUAACAUUAUCAUCCGUCAACUUCAAAAGUGCCACAAGGAGCAUUCUUUCUUGAAGUUUUUUGGCCAUUGCAAUGAUAUUGACAGAGCAAUGAGGAAAUGCCUAAAGAAAGAGUAUGAAGCCAACCGUGCCAAGAGCCACGAACAUGCAAAGGAGAUGCAGCGGAGAUUGAGGGAGGCUUGACCAGAAGGUUAGAACUGGCGAAGUGGCUAUUUGGACACCAUGAGGUCAAUGGAAAAAGCACCUUCUGUCUCCUGAAAACAUAUUUAAUUUGCAGUAAUAAAAACGCCUUGCAAGCGG